AUGAAAUUCCACCUCCUCGCAGCAACCCUCGCCUCCUUCGCCACAGCCCUCCCAGUCCUAGACAACCCCAUCAACGCCCGCGCGCCCCUCCCAGCCGCCGAAGUCGAACGACUCAACGAAGCCAUCAACCUCAUGAAACGAGGCUCCACCCCUAACCACUCCCCCCGCCCCGACCACCCCCACGACCCCACCGACUCCACCGACCCCACCGACCCCACCGACCCCACCGACCCCACCGACCCUCACGACCCCAUCGACUCCCACGACCCCGACUGGUACAAGCACGCAAUUGAGGAUUAUUGGCGGAAGCAAAUCGAGGAGUAUCUCCGGGUAAGGUCGCAACCACGUACCUCCUAG